CGCGGGGCCUGGUCCCUUGUCGCACUUGGCUUUUGUAUGCAACAACGGAGUCAUAACCGGAAAGAAGAAAAAAGGACCCACGCAUACAAAUCGCGAGUCAGUCCUCACUCCCGCAACUUCAAAGCGAGCAGCAGCAAGCGAAAUCCCACGAGGUCUCGAGCUCUCCCGCCCUUCCUACGCCUUGGUCACCCGUUCGGGGUUUGCCACGCACAUAGGAAGUCCCUGUCACCAUGCACCGCACGCGUCACUCGUCGCUGGACUAUUUGGGCGGCGGCGCGUCCUCGCAGGAAGAAUGGUCCGAGUUCCUGUCAACGAGCAUGAUGGCGUUGUCCACGGCCGACUCAAAUGCGUCUCCAGCGUCUCCCACGCGCCGUCACCAGCACCAUCCAGGUGCCGAUAUCUCCGUGGGUCGUCGUCAGGUCAAACCGCGCGGUAUGUCCUUGAAUGAGGCGAUGUCUCCUCUACCGACCGACGCUUGGCGUCCUCUGGGGCGGCGCGUGGCGUCUCCACCGCCUUCUUCCAGCUCUCCAGACUCGCCGUCGCCACCUUCGUCAGCUGACAACCAGGUGGACCAUUUCCGCCCUGUAGACCCCCAAGUUACAGUCAUGUCAACAUCCUCGUCGACGUUUGGGCGACUUGGAAGUAGCUCCUCGCUUCGAGAGUCUGGAGACGCCAUGCUUAAACACUCAGCGAGUUUCCGUGGUGUCGUGAGCUCUUGUCUAUCGUCUCCAGGUUCGUCCAUCUACGGCUCUUCGUCAGAUGAAGAGCAGCUACAACAGGAAGGGAAUUCUCCGCUGUCUAACCAAUUGGACACGAGUUCUGUGCCAGGCCCACCGCCUGUGGAUCCGUCCUAUGCUGAAUCUUGUCUUCCAGUGCUUUCACAGCUGCCACGUCCACCGAGAAGCAUCAGUGUGGACAGUGGCAGUGGAGCUCGUGGCAGCUCGUUGGUUCAUGUGAAAUCCCCAGUGCUUGGCAACAGGAAGGACGCACAGACGUGGCAACUGCAAGAUGAAGAGUUCUUGAUGACGUCGCCACGUUUCGGUUCGUCGCUGGGGAACAGGGACGUUGGACAAGUCGAUCUGCUCCGUGGAAACAGUACGGGCUCCCUGCUUUCCACUGAGGCGAGCAAUCAGUAUGAGGGGGACUACCAGGGUCACCCAAGGCUAACAAAGGAUUCGCGAGCUUCAUCGGUGGAUUUCACUUUGGGACGCUCGCGUGAGGUGAAUCCGCCACUACCUCCAGCAACUGAGCCAUUGCAACGCUUACGUGCGCGAUCGUUCUCGUACUCGCCAGCGUAUGGCUCCUCCGGGUACAACCCAUUUAAUGGCAACAAGCAGUAUGGCCCUCCACCGCACAUGCACCAGCCGGCGAUGGGGCAAGAAUUCCCGCAGACUCUUCGCAACUUCCACUCAGCAAGUGGCAUGAUGCCUGGUCAGCCACAGCCACCACCGACAGGAGUUCGCCCACCGCGUGUCAGUAUCCCGACGGAUUCUCCCAUGCACCAAUACCAGUAUGGACCCCCGAUACCGUAUCGCCGGUACUCCGAUGCAUUCGCAAUGCCGCCGUAUCCGGACUCGUACACUGGUGAGCAACAGGAAAACCAAUCGCGUCAGAGUAAUACGGGUCGCGGUAUGCGUUCGUACAGUAUGGAGUACGGCAAUUAUCCGACAUCCCGUCAAGUGCGUAGCCAGUCGAUGGAGGGACCACAACUCUUCGCUUCGGCGCCACCGAUGGAGUACCCUCCAUCUUUAAGUCGUAGUAACUCUGCUGGCGUUGGCUUCGAUUGGCCACGCAGCCGUAUGGAUCCAGCGCCCCCUUUACCCCCUGAUGUUCGUCCUGGCACUGGAAACGGCGCUUCCCACUUCCCACCGCCACCACCUGAAGCAUAUUAUGACGUGGAGUUUAAACGGGGUCGACAGGAAGUCUUUGCUGGUCGUGCAUCCUACAAACCUGGCGAAUACGUUAAGGUGGAGGCAGACCGUGGAGAGGAUAUUGGUCGGAUCGUGCAACGCACCACAGACAUUUCGAAGGUUGGGUCGGACUCUGGAAGCCCUAGAGAAGAAUCUAUGACGCGUAGCAAGCGCCAUGACCUCCCGACCAAGAAGAUUAUUUGUGUAGCAAGCCAACGCGAAUGCGAGAUGCUGAACGAGCAAGUAAGGGAAGCUUGUAUUUUUGAAGUGGUAUUGUGCAUGUGAUGCUAAAAUCUGUGUAACUGCUGCAGCGUAAAGAGGAACACGAGGUGUUUGAAGUGUGCAAGAGCAAAGUGCGUCAGCGUCUCCUUCCUAUGAAUGUGAUCGACGCGGAGUAUCAGUUCGACCGUCACAAGCUGACGUUCUUCUUCGAAGCCGAUCGGUAUGGUGCUCAACUCUCGCAUUGGUGGUAUGCUUUAUUUUUUUUUUUAAUUAUUUUGUAUUUUCCAUAGCCGCAUCGACUUCCGAGAGCUCGUGCGUGAUCUCUUCGCUAUCUACAAGACGCGCAUUUGGCUACAACAAGUCGUCCCUUCCGGGAAGAAGGCGGGGAAUGAACCCGAGGCCAACUAACUGCCCUGAAGGCAGCAUCAUCUGACUGAGAGGUGAGCUAUAAUCUCUCUCGCUUCGGCAACACACGUAUUUCAUCCGCCUCAGCCUGGGUGGUCCGCCGCGAGAUCGGAAUGCGACGACCUCAAGACCGGACCAUACAUAGAACUACAAGAGAGUGGCAGGUGGUCAACCUACAAGAAGCAAGGCACCCCCCAAAAGACAACCCGAAAAACAGUGCAGCGAGAUAUGCAGGGAGAGGACAUUUUAGAUGGCGAUUUAGACGGAAUAUGUUAGAACUGGUGACGUUCGCGCGCAAUAGAAUGCUUUUGCUUCAGCCCGCGGUAAAUGAUUCAAAAUAUGAUGGAAAUCUUCGCAUCGUUGAGCCCCCGACCACCAAGAAAACUUUUGACUGGACGCAUUUUUCUAUUUACUAGUCUUAAUCUGUCUAGGUGUUGACCAAUGCCGACCAUUUCUCUUCCGUGCUAGUUCAUUCAUCCGCCCGAGAAACUGUCGACACCUUCGGCUAACUUUUCCAUUGAAAAACAACGGACAAACGGCCCUUCACUGGUGGGUGCCGGUCAUUUCAGGA